AUGCCUGGAAGUGGGUUUCCCUUCAUCGUCAAGGGCGCAUACUGGCGCAUCAAUGAAGCAAGAUGCGACAUAGUCAGCGCGUCUCCUCAAUAUGUGCGAGCUUGGAGCAAAUAUGUAGAGCAAGAUCCUGCUUACAGAGACGCUUGGACACCCGAAAAGCUUUACCUGACCGUCAUCCACUGGCGUCUGCACGAUGAGCCGACGGUUCCAAAGCUAUCCACACACGACGCAGAGUACGUCUACAGCCUUCCACAGCUGCUGGAAAUGCACUUGAAGCUACGUGGUCUCAAGCGCCUCUCAAGGGCGAGGCUCAUCAACGAGUUUUGCACGACUAAACCGACUUUUGAUGAGGCAUCUCUUUCUAUUGGACAUGUCACUAGUGCGCUAGAAGCCCAAGUACAACGCGCAGUCGGCAUCAUUCAUCCAGAGCACGAGAUGCAACUGGACGACGAAUUCACGCUCUGGAUGGAUGGCGCCAAGUGCGCAUUGGAUUGUAGCUUGUAGCGCACUGGUCACAUAUCCAACACAGAGGGAAGCCUCAUCAAAAGUCCUGAACUGGCUGUUUGUGGUGUGGAAAUACCUACUUGCUAAUGAUCAGCAGCUGACGACAGAACUUCCAAAUAGCUUGUGAUCAGAACAUACAUAGCCUACCCCAGCCUUGGACACAUCGGAAGCUGAUAUGCUUUGCUUGUUGGCUCAAGUAGCUGUUCGUGUAUUCACAAAUCGGCUGUUUACCUGGAGGAUAUCUCUGGAUCACAAUGAUCAGCAGCUAACAACAGAAUUUUCUAAUAGCAGCAAUCGGUCAUAGCAAACCAUUUCCGCACAAAACUUUGUAAUACUUUAGAAGCAGCUGAUAGUAGCAUGUUCAAGAAGUGGCCGACUUGCUUCACACCUCGCGCAAAGUCAGCAACACCGUCGCGAUGGAUACUAAGAGGUUCAGUAAAAUCUCAGAGCAUUGAGAUGUUGGGUUGGGUGAUGGAGGAGGUCGGAAACGGCG